AGAAAAUAUCCGAAUGUGCAAAGCAGACGAUUGGCAAUGGAAUUUAUUUCCAUGCAAGAACUGAUAGAAAAACUCUCUCCUCACGAUAAAGCAGCCCUCAUUCAUGUCGUUGAAAUCCACGAUAAAUAUUGUGAACAAUGCAUAAAACACAAAGAGCUAAAACAUGAGUGUUCUGAUCAACAUGAAGCUCAGUUAAUUGAUACUACCACAGAACAUAUAGAAACUGCAUCUAUCAUAUUAAACUGUCCAGACUAUGCUUCUGACAAAACCACAGAAAAUUAUGUUGAAUGUAAAGACCAAGUUUCUUAUAAUGAUAAAUCACCAGAAAGCCAGGGAUGGAGUGACACACCUCUUUGUAUGGAUGUUGAUAAUGAAGAACAAAGUGAUGAUUCAUGUCUGCAUGACAAAGUUACAGAUUGUCCAGAGGUCACUCCAAUUGUGCAAAAUGAGGUCAGUGAGAAAGGACCUGUGGACAAAAAAAUUGAAGCCGGAGGGUCGAAGACAACAAAAUGUGCAAUUCAUCUCUUUAAAAAGUGGUUAAAACAGAAUGGAAUAAACCAGGAUUUUGAGUACUUGGCUGUUGACAAAAUUGCAGAACAUGUAAGGCUUAUGGGAACGACCAAAACAUUAAACAGAAAUCUAUUGUAUCCCCCUCGAACAAUGCAUUUUAUAAGGUCCUCUGUAAUGCAAUAUCUUAAUUCUCAACCUUACAAUAGAAGAAUUUCUCAAGCAUUCUUUAAAAUGAGCACAGAAAACAGGAAAACAACAGAAAACACGAACAUGUAUGAUCUGUCAUUAAGGAAUCCUAUAACACAACCAGAUUUAAGGAAGAUAUAUACCAGUGGAAUCUUUGGAAAUGGUGAAAACUAUACUCCAAAGUUGUUAUUGUACAAAGUAUGGUUUGAACUAACCCUACAUUUCAGUAACUUUUUGAGGAAAAAUGGAAGUAGGUUAAGAAGAGAAGAAUUGAAGAUAGCUACUGAUGAAAAAGGAAGAUUGUUUUGUACCUUUUGUUUAAAUGAAAUGGUUGAUACUAGAUGGAUGGAUGCUCCAAGGAUUUAUAGCAUGCCUGGAAACCCUUUUUGUCCAAUGAAAAGUAUACUGCUAUAUAUUAGCCAUCUAAAUCCUUAUAAUGACCUGCUGUUUCAGAAACCAGCAAAAUUUUUCAAACACGAUGCAGAAUGGUAUACUAGUUCACCCCUGAGUCAGCAUACAAUCAAGAAAAUAAUGAAAGUCAUCUCCAAAAGUGCUGGUUUAAGCAUCGACUAUCCAAACAUAUGUGUCCGUGAGACAGCUUUUGUUAUUUUGUAUGAAGCAGGACUUUGGGAUGAUGAUGAAUAUAAGAAAUGUUGGGUAAGAGGAAAGGGUAUUAAUGUUGGCUCAAGGAAAGAGGAAAUUUUCUUAAAAUUACAACAUUAUAUACAUGGUGACAAGGGUGAAAUAACACAACCAAGAUCUACUGCUAUAAACAAACAGGCAGAGGAUGAAGCAGAUAAAACAAAACCAGCAACUACAAUAAAUAUGAUUGACAAUUCAAAUAUUCAAGUUGCUCAUGAUACACAGAAGAAACAGCAAAAUGAUAUAUCACUUGUUGUUCAACAAACUAAAAACCAAGAAAAUACAGAGGAGCAAAAAACAGGUACCAGUCAGCAGACCGUUGAUACAGCCACCAGACAGACUGACACAGAAAUAAGUAAGAUUCCUCAAGAUGAGCAGAGUAAACAACAAAACAACAGAAACAGUAGUAACAGCAGUGAUGGCAUUAUGGUGUUUGAUUACAUGAAGUCUAUAUCCAACUGUCAGACAAAUAUAAAUCAAACAAGUACUCUGACUCAAUCAAGCAAAGGCAGUCAACCAGCAAAAGUGACAAGCAACCUAAAACUUCCUAAACAUGUUAUAAUCAGAGCACCCUAUAAUUCUGUUAAGAUAGAAAAUAUCCAAUCAGACAACAGUAAUUUGCUUAACCCUGCUUAUAAAAGGGAGCAAAAUGAUAGUGGGAAUACAACAAUGGCAAAUAAAAAACCAUUUAUGCCAGUACUGAAAGUUCCCCCGACUAGCAACCAAGAUAAAGUAUUGCAACACCAACAAGUUUCAGCAGCUAGUAAACUUAGUCCAGGCUGUUCAUACAUGAUUCCCCAUACAUCAUGGUCAGAUAACCAAGGACAUGUAAAUUAUUUGUUUAUGAAUACAAAUCAGUGUAUGCCUAAAACAAAUGUGGACCAGAAAGAUAAAUUACCACUCAUCCAAGUAAUAGACAAAAAAAAUAAACAAGAGAGUAAAUAUGUCAACUGUAAAGAGAGUAAGGCAAAUACAACAAUGGAGAAAACUCACAGCAUUCAAGCUACUAGGGAAGCAAUUACUAUACUGGCAAAGCCACAGGAUUGUCUAAAAACACAAGAAAUGAUACAAAGAAAAUCCCCAAGUAAUGACAGUAGAACCUGUAAAGUUACACCUAUUGUGAGACAUAAACCAACAGAAAAACAUACUAUGAAAAGAUCUGAACAAACUAGACAACAACAUGCUAACAUAGAACAGAAAAAUACUUCUCAGCUUUUAGAUGUAGCAGACAUAGAAAGUCCAAACUCCUCCAUUGAAAACCCUACCAUGACAAGAUCUGAACAAGCUAGACAACAAUAUGGUAAUAUAAAGCAGAAAAAUAUGAAUCAAUGUUUAGAUGUUCCCGACAUAGAAAGUCCAAACUCCACAACUGAAAUAAAUUCACAAAACCUAACAAAAACCAAACAGUUUGUCUUUGUAAACAAGAAGGGAGUAAAAUGUGUGAAAACAAUAGAUACUUCUAUGUUUAGAACAAGUACAGAAACAACCGCCACAAAAAUAGUCCAGACACAAAAUUUAGAAACCCCUGUAGUAUCAUUAAAUCAGAAACCAGAACAAAAAAGAAUAGGUGGAACUCCUGUUUAUUUUGCAAAUGAGAAAGAUCCAAGGUCAUUGUCUGAUAUUCUUCAUAAAAACUUAACAUCAGCAAAAAUGGAAUCUUGUAAAAAUGGAAAAAGUGUCAACAAAUCAAUGACUAUGCAGAUGAAACCUAGUUCUGUUCAAAUGAUUCACAUUGAGACUGUCCUUGAAAAUCAUAAAAUUGAACAUGGCAACAUUUCUGAAGAAGACAAAACAUCUCAAGAGAGAGCAGAACUAAACAUGAAUACCAAUUCAGAAGAAAAUAUUGCUCCAAUAAUAUCUUUUGAUGAGAAAAGUAAAUUAUGGGUUGUUCAAAAUAUGAAUGAUUUCGUAAACCACAAAAUGCCUUCUAAAUCAGAUACAGAUAACAUUGGAAGGAAAGAAAUGCCAACUAAACAUGAAAAUCGAGAAAAAAGUAAAAUUAGUAGCGAAAACUGCAUAGAGACCGACAUUCAUUAUGCCAAGGAGAGUCCAAAGCCUGAUUAUAAAAUAAAAGCAAGUAAUCUUGAACAUAUACAGACUUUAAUCAAGGAAAAGGUACAAAAUCUCAACAAAAGGAGACAUCUAGAGACCUUAAUCCAGGAAAAGGUACACAAGCUCAAGAAAAGGAAACAUCUAGAGACCUUAAUCCAGGAAAAGGUACACAAUCUUAAGAAAAGGAAACAGAGCACUCAAGUACAUGUUAAGGAAAAGUUGAACAGUUCCCUGAAUGUCAUUUCUGGUGCACAGAAAGUGGAAGUAAAAGAAAAAUUAGAAAAAUGUGCAUUUGAUAAAGUUACAAAAGGAAAGAACUUAUUAGAUAGGCGAAAAGUUAUAAUGGAAAACAGUUGUAACUUUUUAAUUACUGAUGUAAAAUCUAUAGAUACUUUUAAUACUGAUGACACUAACUGGAGAGCAGAGGAAAACAAUACUGAUGAAAACAAUAACUCUGAAAUAAUAUCAGAAAACAUAAUACAUGAAGAAGUAGAAAAAAUACCAGAGAAAGUGGUUAAUAACACAGAUCUGAAGGUAAAAUCAGAGUCUAAUUUUGAUGAGUUUUUGCCAAAGUUUCAACAGCAAUUUUCACAAAGGAAGGAUAAAAUAGCAAAGAUACUAAAAAAGAUUCAAGCGGAUUCAAAAAGAUUAGAAAUUCUGAAGACAUUGACAAAGAGAUCAAAUACCAUGGAUGUGAAUUUAGAAUCUGAAUCGAACAUGGAACAUUAUGGUCAAAAUAUUCAAUCUACUGAGAUCAGUACUGAAAGAUUAACAGAGGAGGAUAAAAACAAAUUGCCACAUGAAUUUGUUGAAAAACCUAGCCAUACAGGUCAUUUAAUGAAACCUAAAAAAUUUGUGUUCAAAAAGAGGAAACAAUGUAAUGAGAAAGGAUCAAAUAAAACUAUUGUACAACAAAAUACUGAAACAGAAGAAACUCAAAAUGAUUUAUCAGAAACAGAAAAAGAACAUUUUUCACCAUUGAAAUUAGCUUUCAGAAAAAAAGAGGGAAACGAAUAUGAGAUUAUUAAGUAUCAAAAUUCCAAUAACGUUUUUUAUUCACCCUCAUUUAGCAAGGAUUCUCCUGAUAAUAGAAAUAUACUCCAAAAGAAAGAAAGGAAUAAAAGUUAUGGAGAGAAGCUAGCUGAAUACAAGAAAAGAAAAUCCUUACAUGAUGAAAAAGAUGAAAGGGACAUUGAAAACAUGGAAUUUUACAUUGAGCAGAACAAUGAAAAAGAGAUUGACUGCACUUCUGUCCCGUUACCAUUCAAGAAAAGAAUCAGGAUGAAUCAAUCUUAUCAGACUCAACAGCAUAACAGUGAGGAAGAAGACCAGCACUUGAACUACAGUUUGACAGAAAAGGAGACUUUUUCUGAUUCUGACUGGAGUCUUAGUGAUGAACCAAGUCUGCUGAAAUGUGUAAAUACAGCUACAUUUAACUUUGCAGAUAUAGAAAAUGAUGUUUAAUCACUUUCUAUUUAUCUAUAUACCUACAAGUAUAUCUGGCAAUACAAUUCAUAUAUUUUGCUAAGAAAAGAUGAUAAAUUAUUAUUAAUGAUUUCAAAACAUCCAUAGAAAUCAUGACUAUUACUAGAUAUCCUACAGUUUGUUUUUUCUUGAGUGUUUGAUGUAGUAAAACAGAUGAAUAGGGAACUUGUAUUGUUAGAAACUUAGCUAUGAUAUACACUAAGGUAAAUUAUUGACUUUUUUGAAAGCUUUAAACAUAAAAAAAGUUGGAAACCCCUUGAUAAUUCACAAAUACCUAGCCUUAUCCUUAAAGCUUGCCUUAAACAUAUUGCUUAAACAUUCAAAUAAAUCAAUUACAUUCUGACUUAUGUAAUGUAAUGUCAUUAAAGAGUUAUAAUUAAUUAAAGACAUUACUAGUUACAUAGUGUGUUAGUGACCUAAUACAUGUAUACGGGGUCAGUAAAUUCCAUUUGGGUCGAGGGCGAACACCAUAUGGAAUUUACUGACCCUAUAUAUAAUAUAUUAGGUCACUAUCACACUAUGUAACAAAUUUAUCUCACUGACUAACUUUAUAUGUUGAAUUUAGACUUAGAGUUGUCUCUUUGCAAUCAUACCACCUCUUCUUAUUUUAUAUUAUUAAAGUGUUCAAAUGUUCAAUUUUAAGAACCUACUUACAUUGGUCUGCACAAAAAAGCUAAUGUCAACAAUUACAAUAUGAUAUCAACAACUUUGAUAUAACAAUAUUAAACAAAACUUUCAAAACAUUUAAAUGAAUAGUGCCAAGGUAGUAAUUCCACUACUAACCGUGUAUUAAAAUAACCCCUGCCUCCCUACUAACCUAAUAUAGAAUAUACAGGAUCUCCACACAGAUGCUCUUAACCAAUCAUAUUCCUAGAAAUAUAUAGGAAGUGAGAUAAAUAUGUUUCAUUUUCUCUUAAAAACUCAUCAACCAGUAUAGAAUUACCAUAAAUUAUCUCCCUUUAGUGACAUUAUUUUUAAGCAUUCUUGUUUAUAUUGAGUGACUAGUUUUCUUUUAUUGUUGUUAACUAAUGUUAUGCUUUAAGUUAUUCCUAAUGUUAUUGAGGUGAAUGUAAUUGAAGCUUUUUUGUUAUUAUGAUUAAAUUGUUUUCUAUUUUUACAUUUCUUUCGUAUCCAAUGUUGUGUUGAACUGUGGUGAACUUGCCUUUUUUGUAGUGCAUAUUGCAAUCUUAUUCUCAUAAAAACUUUUUUUUAUCUUUGAACUGUGAAAUUGUAAACAAAUGUGAAUUAACAUGUGUAAGACAAUGGGUCACAUAUCAUGACAUUUAUCUGUUUCAACCUUUUACCUCAAGGUCAAAAUUAUUGCUUUUUGGGGACAUUUUUUUCUGUCAAUGCAGUUUAAAAUUUAUCACUGGGUGUUGUGCCCCUCCACCUCAUGUUAAAUGGGGUUAAUCAUCUUUCAAAAUUGGUUCAGAUUCCCAUUUCUAUACCAUAUGAAGUCCUCAUUUAUUGUCUUAUGUAGAUCCUUAUAUUUUACUAAUACUGGACAUUUUGUCCACUAGAAAAGUGCCCCAUCCUUCCAUAUCAUUCACUAUUAAAUAUCUUGAAAACUGUUCAUAUCAUAUAAUGACGUAUUCCUGAAUCAUAUAUACUGGUAUAUUUUAUUGCUAGGAACAAAACCUUUUUAGUUCAACUUAUAUUUUGUCCCUUUGAGGUAUGCAAUGUCCCAAAACAAUGAUAGGCAACAGACACCAAGUCAUGAAAAAAACUAUCAUGACCAUUUUGGCUAGGUGGGCUUUAUAGUUAGAUGAAAAUUCACAACUUCAGUAAGAUGAAAAUUCACAACUUCAGUAAUAACUCUUUUUCAAAAUAAAUUUAAAAUUUAUCAGACAUUCUUCUAAACUGAAUGAUUGACAAAUUUUCCUUACAGUAUUAGUCAUUGUAUGGCAUAGAAAAUAUCCUCAAAAUAAAUUAGUGUGUGGUUAUUAGAGGCGUUGUAAAACAUAAAAUGUUACAGUUGUUUUAAAAGCAAGGAUUGGAUUUAUAUAAACAGAGUUGUUGUAUAGAUCUUGCAUUCAGGGAAUCAAUGGUUACAGUUUUAUACAUGUAUAAACAGACAGUUUUACUUGUUACAUUGUUGUAGACAGUUAUAUAUUGUUUGCUCUUGUUUAUUAAAACUUAAAAUGUU